AUGGACGCCUCCCCAUUGACGCAGCAGGCCCGCCCUGACAUCUUUCAACCCAAGAUCGUUCAGCUCUACGAGGUGUUAUUCAAGGUUCGGGAGUUCUGCAUUCCCCAAUCAUACGUAGGCUUGGGAAUCGCUGACAAUGGGACCCCAAGCGACCAGGACCUCGAUGUCGAACCAUACCAGCCCGAAGGCUUCUGGCGCGAAUUCUUCCUCCUAAACCCCGAUCAAGCGUCCCUGCAGCGAAUACUGGCCGAACUGGGACCUGACCAUCUUAUAAACCUCCAACCUCAGACAAGACAGCUCUUCUUCCGCGCCGUGGCCUGUUUGAAGAAGGGAGGUGGCAUAGCCGACCUACACGCGCUCGAGACCCUCACGACAUUCUUCUCCGCGAUCCUCCCCAAGAAAUAUACGAACCCCAGCUCUGAUAUCAUUGCAGUAUUGGCUGGACUAGAUCAGGUGGAUACCGUCUUUACGGAUUUCGUAGGCGCCCUGGACGGCAUCAUACGAAAUGGCAAGACACUCGAUGUUCGACGACGCGCUGUCGAGGUCGUGCUGUCCAUCACAUCUGGCGCGUACCAGACAAGCCUCUUGACCUAUUUCAUACACAGGGACCUCUUCCCUGCCAUAAUGAAGUUUAUUCAGGAAUCAGAGUCACCAUCAAUGGUCUUGGAACCGUUUACCUUGCUUGGGCUCCUAGCCAACUACAACAAGUUUGAGUUCCAGAACCCCUAUCAGCAGCGGCUCAACGACUUCGUCAAUGAAGCAGCUAUACAGAAGAUCAUAAAAUGCGUUGGCCAGACUUCCCGGGGGCUGCGGGGUCAAUACAUUGAAAUAUUACAAGAUCUGCCCGAAGGCUGGUCAAUAUCCAACACUCUGAGUAUGAUCGGACUUGGUGCCAUUGCUCCAGGUAGCAAGGCAAACCAGAAGCCUACCUACGAUCCCGAAGUAGCCAAACAAAUGUUUGCGAAGCUACCAGGCGAGGAAGCGGCCGUUUUACUGGGCACCUAUGAUUUCAGCCAUGCCAACAAACUCUUCUGCUUCAACUUGGUCACGUUACCUGCCGACAAGGGCGAAGAGCAACCCAUCUCGAGUUUCCUGUCACUCACAUCGUACCUACUUCAGCAUGCCUUCCUCUCCAACAGGGCUACCAACUACGCUCACCUCAGCUUAAUGAUUUUCCGGCUCCUCAUCGAGGAUCAGCUCCUGUGCAAGCGCAUAUGUAGCGAGGAGAGCAAAGUUGCCGUGCGCUUAUGCCGACAGCGGCAACCCUACCUGCCAGCCGUUAAAGGCGAGCGCAUACUGGCAACCAGCGUCCUGGACACCAUGAUUGACGGCAUCAACCAUAACCUUCGGCGCCGGUUAGACUAUCAUUGGUCCGAGCUGUUCCGAUCGCUCCUGUCGCUUGUCCGCUUCUUGACCACAUACGCGUCCGACCUCAAAGACUUGCAGCAUUUUGAUACCCUACUGGACCUUGUCGUGAACCUCCUGGCCCUGUCACUCUCUGCUGGUGAAGCAUUUCUACCUACUCCGGCGGCUUAUGACGAUCUAUUCUACAAGGUCGUGGAAAAUGGCGAUGUCCUGGAGAAAUUCCGCGAUACCUACAAACUGUCGAAUCGGGCAUCAAACUCUAUAGGCACGCUGGUCAGCGUCAGCACACACUACAAGUCGAUGUUGGACUCGGGUGGAUCGAGGAAGAACCUGACGAGCUCGCAAGUGGCAGAAGUGAUCAAGCAGGGCUACGAGACACUGAGCAUUCAAGCAAAAGAAGGAUUGGAUGGCUGGGAACGAUACAGGGAAGCGGAUGAGCGGAAUUUGCUGAAGAAGGUGGCAAGGGCCUCGGUGAACGACGUGAAGAUCAUGGUCCAGGCUUAA